UCCAAACCAAAAACAGGCGAUCUGAGAUCAAGGGCUGCUUUUGGAUUUCAGUACAAAGUGCCUGUUUACCAUUCCAUUUGAGGCAGCAUUCCUCCUGCAGUCAAGGCACAGGUAAUAUUACACUGAGUGAAUUGUGAAUUCUUUUGUUGCUCGUAGCUGUCUUUCCAAGCAAUGGAUCAGAGGAAACCAUUAGGAUCUGUCUUCCUGCUGAAAUUAAAUGGGCAUCCAUUCAGUUAUCAGAUCUGCCUGGUGCCUCAAAUGCAUGACCUGCUUGAAUUUUGUUUCUGUCCAGUGGCAUUUGAAGUGGGGAGAGCAGUUGCAAAAGCUCUUUGCAAAAAGAAAAAAGACUGAAGUAUGCAUAGGUCACGGUUGAGAAUCGAAGACAAGGAGCUUGACUUUGAGUUUGAAAUCAUCAAUGUUCAGUUUAAUGAGGUGGGACGAUACAUCUUGAGACUGACAGUGGAAAACCCACUUCUGGAAGGUUCUGGGACAGGGGUGCGGCUACAAGUGAAUGAUGGUGAUAUGUUAUCCACCAACACAGGAGCCACUGAUGUCAUUGCACAGACCAAUGUUAAUGAAAUCCAGGCUGUCCUCAAAAAAAAAUUCAUCUUCAGGCUUCCUAAAGGUUACUGUCAAAAUGAUAAGAACCAUGAUGUACGAUUACACAUUGAAGCCUUUCGAGUAACUGGCACAUCCCUGAGGAGUGGAACAAAGGAAGGAGAGGCCUUUUUUGCCAUCUAUCCGCGCACUAACGCCCCCAGAAUAAAUGUUUUUGCAAAGGAAAACGAGGACUUUUACUGUUACAGCAUCAUUGUGGCCCUGUUACGUGUCCAGGACGAUGAGCUCACAAUGCAUUGUGGGAGGAUGGCAUGUAACGUGUCCUUUCACAUGGUGAGAUUCCCGAAGGACAUGGUGUCCCAGACUGACUCCUCGAUGCUGCUGCGUGAGGAGGGAGGGCCGUCUGACCUCAUCACCCCAGGCUCACACCCGCCAGCACUGCACGCGCCUUUAACUGCGUCACCACAGCAACAGGCGCCCACUCCAACAUCGCCUUCAUCCAUCCCUCAGGAUGAAACUGUAGAAGAAACCAAUGCGAGGCCUCCUGAAGAAAGUCCGUCUCCUAGUCUAGCAGAAGUGUGUACCAGACAUCAACGGCUGCCAAGUGAUUCCAGCUUCCAUCUUUCGUCACCUGCGGGUACUCCUGUGAGGAUGCCUGAAGGACCUCCUUACACACACGUCAUAGAAACACCACCUGGAAUGACUGAAGCAACGCUGUCUUCCCUAGCCAAUGAGGAGCACGUUUCAAGGCCUGGCAAGGAAUCUAUUAGCAUAAUCCUGCAUAGAGCGACAGAUAUACCAGCCCUCAGUGAUGGCUCGGUGCCUCAACCCUUCGCAACAGUUAAGAGUGGAUCAGAUGGUGAGAAUCACCAGAGAGCUCAGGGUGUUACCCAUGCCACCACUGAACCCACCCAUUCGCCGUCCUGGGAGGAGAAGCUGACAGUGGAAAUAGACGAUAGAAGUGCCGAGGAUGAAGUGGUGAUCCUGGAUGUAGCAGACAGCAGAACCAAGGAGCUGUUGAUUAGUUACCGCAUUCCUGUUGUCUACUUGCAGGUGUUCCGUCAUUACCACGUCGAGCUGGUGCAGCCCCAUCCCAGUGCCCCAUUGGGCAUUCGACUAUACAUUACCAUCGUUCGAAAAGCCAGCACCAUCCCUCGUCAAGAAGGCUUUACUUUCACUGGUUUGGAGGUUCUGCUUCGAGGUAUGGAGAAUCCAUUGAAGGACCCUGUAGGCCCCCUCCUUGCAGUGGCCAGAAUAGUGCCUGAUCAUGAAUCCUACAAAAAUGCAAUAUUGGUGAAGAAUCCCUGGCUGGCUGGCAUUUAUGCCAUUGCAGUAAAGUGUCCAAGUCCGCACCAGUCCUUUUUUGAUGUUCCUCAGCAUGCCAGUCAAGGUCAUCCCCAGGUAUCCCCUGUGGGUAAUCCUCAGGAGCAGCCAGUCUGGGAUUAUUCCUUUCUGUUCCAAGGCCGGGAAUGUGCUACCAUCUUCACUGCAGGAUCUGCACUCGUGCUGGAGUACUAUUCCAUCACCAGUGUGAUGAACACCAUCAGCUGGUACAUCCGCAGCCCACUCGGGUUCUCGGUGGUGCCCCUGGACCAGGGUGCCUACCACACACUGAUGGCAGAGAGUGGAGGCCGUGGAUUGCGGGUAGACGGCUUACCUGUGCAGGGCAACAACUUGAGAACAAUAUCCAACACCACUCCCACUGUUGGUCUCGUUCUCCGUCUCAUUGCCUCCGAGAGGCCGGAUUCAACUCUUACUGCCGUGGAUCCCCGCCAAUUGCCUAGCCUGGAUUUAAAAUCGUUGGCCAGCCCCCAACAACAAGCCACAAAUGUGGCAUUUCCUGCGGUCAACCUGGAAAUAUCUUCCAGACCACACCCACCAAAUAGGGAAGAGUGGAGCCUGUUACCAACCCAGGAUGGAACUGCAGUACUACCAGCAACUCAUUGUGAAAAGCUUCAGCAGGACAGAGUUAACCUUCCGUCCUAUGAUGCACUGGCUCAAAUUCUUCCGGAGUACAACUACCUUUUCCGCAGUCCUCACCUGAUGGAGAAACAAGAGAAGGAACAACAGCAGCCGGUCCGACCUCCCAAUCCUCUCCAGGCCCAACAGACUGCAGUGCCCUCAAAGAAAAGGGAACCUCCAAUUGAUGACCAUGCUGAAAACCAGGAAAUUCGACGUCAUGAAACAGAGGAGUUGGAUAAUUACCGGACUGCAAUGCAGAAGAUGGCUGAAGACAUCAUUAACCUGAGGAAAGACGUCGCGAGGUUGGAGGUUGAAAACAGCAAACUGCGGAGCGAGCUGAGCUCCCAUCAAGACCUCGGCCGCAUUCUACUGGACGACACCGACAUCGAUGUGAUGACAAAAGCAGAAAUAGCUGACAGAAUAGUUUUAUUAAGGCAGAAACUGGCCACAGAGACUGCGGAGCUUCUGAAUUGCAAAGACAAAGUGCAGCAGCUUCAGAAUGAAUUGAUACGGAAAAAUGACCGUGAAGCUGAGCUUUUGAGGUCACAGAAAGCCCAUCAGCAGCAGUUAGCUGUGCUACACAAAUACCAUGAAAAAAUGCACAAAUCAAAGAUUCUGGAAGACACUAUACGGCAGCAGGAAAAGGUUAUCGAAAGAAUGGAGACUCUUUUGGACAAAAAGUUGAAAGAGAGACCAAGAGCAAAGCCUGAAGCAUCUAAAAAGCAUGCAGUGAACACUGAAGACAACAUAAGGAAAGAGGUGGAGUCUGUUCUGUUGGCAGAGAAUGCCCGGUUGAGGGAAGAGAUUGAAAGGUUACGCCUACAGCCUGCACCCAUCAUUGUUCAGCAUCCCAUGCACUCACUGAAGGAGUCCCUUACCGACUCAGAGAAACUAAGUCUUUUAGCAAAAUUGGAGAAGACGCAGAGACGCGUACAGACGCUGGAGACGCUGUUGGAGGAGAAUUCACGGAAAUGGGGACGGGAGAAACAGGAGAUGUUGACAAGGCUGUCUGAACAUGAACAUGGUUUUACCAGAACCUCUACCAUGGUGUUGCAUGAUUUUCCUUUGAGAAAUGCUUCAGACACCGUUUUGACCCGAAAUCGACAUGGAAUGCUUGAUCCUUUGGCAUGAAUUUCCAAAGAGGAUUUCACCCGCAACAUAUUAAGAAAAUAAUUGUGCGCCGAGUCAAAUUACAAAUGAACAUCGCAGACAGUAACUAAGUCAGAGCUGGUCAUAUUUAUUUACAACUAAACAAAUUGUGCUUCCUUGUAAAAGAUUCCUCAAAGCAUUACCGUUAGAUUAUUAACAGAGACCCAGGUAGUAUUCUGGGGACGCAGGUUCAUAUCCCACUACGGCAGAUAGUGGAAUUUGAAUUCCUUAAAAAAUUGGGAAUCAACAGUCUAAUGAU